AUGGUUCAGCGAGUUCUUCUUGCUCUUUUCUGUUUGGCUGUUGGGAUUUAUGCCGCUAAGUCGUCUAAGAAUUUGAGCUUGGAUUCGGACAGCGGCGAGGAUCUCCCUGGAGAUGCUUUGUGCAAGUAUUGGAAGAGCGUCAAGGAGGUCAACAACGAGACAUUCCCGUUGAUUCCCGAAAAGGGACGAGAAAAAUUGCGAAAAGAUUUGCCGAAAAUUCGCAAAUACUAUUGCUCAGGCAAAACGGUCGAUGUGCUCAAUGAAGUGAUUCCAAUUCUCGACCGGUGCAACAAAACGGUUUUGGAGGAAACCUGGAACGUCACCUGUUUCCAGCCAAACUGGCUCGACAUGAUUGUCGAUUGUCGUGAAGUGGCCGCCUACUUCAAUUGCCGGGCCAGCUAUGGUGGAGCUGUUUGCGGAGGAGCCAAGGAGAUCAUCGCUUUCGCCAAAUACUUCAACGUUCAGUUCUCGUUCCCCAGCGGCGAUGUGUGCCGAGAUGAGCUAAUCUCUGUGAUGCAAAAAGUGGAGAAAGUCUGGAGUGAGAAGGAGGAGGAAACACCAAAGCCUUCGAAUGGCACUGUCUCUCUCCAACCACCAAAAGCUCUGAAGAAGAAAAAC